GGGAGGUUGUGGAGGCAAAUGCUCAUUUCUUAGAAACGGGAGAGGUAGAUGUGAUUGCGCCAAGUCAUAGUCUCCAGAAAUGAAUGCUGCCUCUGGGACGAGAGGAGGACGUUCCGGCAUCCACUAUCGGCAUAAACAGGAACAAGUCAAAAUCCCAAGCACUAUGAAAACAAUGCAGUAUGAAUGGGUAGUCUCUGCUGCUAAACCCUGAUCGCGCCUUCCUCCAUCUGGCUGAAAGCACUUUGGCAAGCACCCUCCGGAGCUCUGUUCGGCUCUCUUUGCGUCGAGUAGCGUGUACGGAACAUUUCCAACCAACGUUUCUUCGCUCUGCAUGAUGCUAUUCGCAUCUGUGUAUCAUCACCAGUCGCAGAAGGGGUCCCAUGAUCCCUGCAUUCCCGCAAUACGGCCUCCGAAGCGCCCCAAUCCAUCACGGGCGUGUUCGUAACACGCAUACGAGGGCACCCGUCCAGAUGGUCGAUCUUGAUGUGCCGCCGCCUCUUCGAGAGCUGCAAUGACAUCGUUUCUGCACGCGAGCACCGGCUGUGGCUCAGCAAUCUGGAUCUCCUGUGCGACGACCACUGCUCGCGGGUCUGCAACAUCACGACCGGCAAUGUGGAUGUACGUCGGGAGGCGUUUCUCUGUGCUGUCGCCAAAGUGCGAGAGGGUUGGCAAUGGCUGGGCGUAGGCCCUGCGGUGACGGGCAUCCGUUGUUUCACAUCCGAUAGUGGGGUUGUAUGCAGCAUUAUCAUGCUGAUAUGGGGAGGAGACGAUCUCGUCGUCAUCAGAUGCGAUGGUGCAGAAUCUGCGGGUCUCGCGCUGAGGGCUCAUUGUCUGCCCGAGCGCAGGUCUCAUAGGGACCGCCGUGGGCCUUUCAGUCGACGCGUAGGGUUCCCAGUCUUCGACAUGUUGCAGCUGCGGAUGAACGUCUCCCGAAAUUCGAUUCUGGUGCGCAUUGACAAGAUGUCGGUCCAUGGGAGGGGGCAACCCGAAGUUCGGUAGAGUGUCCGAUGGAAACAAAAGUGCGGUUUCGUUUCUGGAGUACAUCCAGUAAAGGCGCUCGAAGCUAUUGAGCACUGGGGCUAGAGAGAGUCGGGUGGCAAUGGAUGGCAUGUCAGCUAUGAUCGUUGUUUUCCGAUUCUUUGGUGCUGGAGCAGACUCACUCGACAGGGUGGCACGACCGUAACGAGCUAUGUCUAGUACGGCAAAACCGUUCUCGAGCAAUCUCGACGGAGCGAGAUCAAGGAAUGCGGGGUAACAAUGCAUACAUGUGAUACGCCUUUUGCCACCCAUUGUUAAUACUCAAUCCUCGAGGGCGUGUCCUAACGAUGGCUUGAUGGUUCACCCAUUGUCCGGCGAUCUGGCCUUACGAGGAGUGCCUUUCUUCCAUACUUGGGCAGCCAUCUAUCCAUCAAGCGGCAUGUCAUAAGCCCUUGUGUGCGCCCACCUGCUCUGCUUGCUCCGUGAAAUACGCAUCGUGCCGCGGAGUACUCCUCCUUGUCCGUUUACAUCCAGGAUUGCUUUGUUCCCGACGCUACAACACGCACAGGCACGAGCUGAUCAAUGCUCUGGGACACUGCUGUCUCCCUCUCUUCCCCAGUCGUCCUACAAGCGACAAGAACAUGAAUGGUCGUACUAAUGUCUAGAUUGGAACCUAAAAUCAAGGAUGAAAAGCUUCAAAAGGAUAUCUACGCAAGUAGGAUGGACAACCCGCACAUUUCUGAGGAGCGCGAUCACAACCGCCGCUCAAAAUGCACACACAACCGCCGAGGAACUCGAGGACACUUUCAGGCGUAGGAAACUGCUAAUCGCCACUGUUCGUGGAUAACGCAAACGUCCAGUCGAAAUUCUGUUCUUGAAAUAAGACUACGCUACGUGUGGAAUAAAUCCCGUCCAAUCUACAUCAAAGAGCACCUCGGACGGCAGGUUUCUGAGCGUCGUCAGCAUGAGGAUGAUCAGAACUGGGCGUGCGAUGGGAUAUAGCAUGACAGGAGUGUAGAAUAAAACAGUCGUUAACCUUUCAUAACGCUUUCCGUCGGAAAGCAAAUCAACAAACAGGGAGACGGCCAUGGUACCUGGCCCCAGUCCGACGAUGAUCGAGCAUACUCUCCAAAGCC